AUGACUAGAGCCCAUAUUUAUACCCUCAAUAGUGGCAAAAAGGGCGUUGAGGAACAUCGCCUCGAUUACCAGCACAUCACAUGGUUACUGCUUACGAAGACCUUGAUCCCUGAUAAUAUCAAGUCAUAUCUCAACUCUCUUGGCCGACCACCAGCAGUAGCUGAUGUUGGAACAGGCACUGGGGUUUGGCUACGGGAUUUCGCACCGGAAGCCCACCAAGACUCUCGUCUUGAUGGGUUCGACAUGGACGGUUCAAAGUUCUUCUCCACUGAUGACCUUCCAUCAAAUGUCAAGUUGUCCCUCUGGAAUGUCUUCGAGCCAGUUCCUGAAGGCCUUGUCGGACAAUAUGACCUCGUUCACGUUCGCCUUUUGAUGGUCGCUCUGAAAGCGGGAGAUUGGGUACCAGUAGCUAGGAACCUCCAAUCACUAUUGCGACCAGGGGGUUACAUCUUGUGGGAUGAAACAGGAUUCACCAAAUUCAAUGCCACGCCAAUCACGGAAGCCUAUCAGAAAUGGAUCAGUACGGAUGUCCGGUACGGACUAUCAGUCGGACGCGAUGUCACAAGCCCCAUGCCACUGGAGGGGCACUUCAGAAAGGCGGGUUACGUCGAAUGUUCACAUAUCGACUUUAGUAGCUUCAGUGAGGGCCCUGAAGUCCGAAAGAGAGCUGGAGAUACACUUGUCAACUACGCGCGACAGGCCUUGAAUGGCAUCGCCGCCCGAGGAGAGUUUGAGUGGAUUCACUCUCACGAAGACGUGGAGAAGCAUUGCGACAAGCUGCAACAGGAGGUAGAUGACGGUGUUUCUGUGAUGGGAUUUGAGGUUCGGUGGACUAUUGGGCGGAAAUCGCAGUAA